AAACAAUUUUAUCAAUCAACAUUUUUAUGUAAAUAUUGUUUUCGCAUCAUAUAUUAUAUAUUAAUCAAAAUAAGUACAAUUGAAGUUACAAUAGUGCCUGAAUGACCAAUUUAACUAUUUUUAAUAUCAUUUUUUUUAUUUAAUACUAAAAUAUAAUAUCUUCACAAUUCAACAUAUGUAGACAAUUCACUCACCCUGCUCGGAAUUUAAUCAUUUUGUGCGGAUUCAAUUUAUUCACUCAAUUUCAAUUAUACCAAAAUGGCUCUUAAUACUUUACUUAAAUCAUUGAAGUGAGGUACUAGACUUUACAAAUACCAACAGAUCUCCCCAAAUAAGUCUAUUCUACACUCUCAAAGAAAGUGAGUUUAAUUUAAUUCUUUACUUAUUGCAACUGUUAGCCGUGCACUCCUUUUAAUUACUAAAAGGCCGGGUGAAAAAAAUGGACACCGGGUUCUCUGUACUCUACGACUGCUACCUCAAAUCUCCACAGCCGUGGCUUCCUCUUCUUCCACUAGCUCUAGGCUUGUUCAAGCUUUUGACCAUCUGCGCGGCCAUUCUCAAUUGGGUGUGGGUCUAUUUCCUCCGACCCGGUAAGAGCCUCAAGAAGUACGGGUCGUGGGCUCUGGUAACCGGGCCCACCGACGGAAUCGGAAAGGCGUUUGCUUUCCAGCUGGCGCGGAAGGGGCUCAAUCUGGUUCUGGUGGGGCGGAACCCGGAGAAGCUGAAAGACGUCUCGGGCUGGAUCCGGGAAAAGUACGGGGAGACCCAGAUUAAGACGGUGGUGGUAGACUUCUCCGGCGACUCGGACGACGGGAUUCGGAGAAUCCAGGAUGCGAUUGAGGGGCUGGAUGUGGGGGUGCUGGUGAACAACAUGGGAGUUUGCUAUCCGUACCCGAGGUAUUUCGACGAGGUGGAUGAGAAGGUGUUGGGGGAUGUGGUGAAGGUGAACGUGGAAGGGACGACGAAGGUGACGCGGGCGGUUUUGCCCGGGAUGCUCCUAAGGAAGAAGGGGGCUAUCGUCAACAUCGGCUCCGGCUCCGCCAUUGUCAUCCCUUCUGCUCCCCUUCACGCUGUUUAUGCCGGCACUAAAGCUUAUGUUGAUCAAUUCUCAAGAUGCCUGUAUGUGGAGUACAAGAACAACGGAAUUGAUGUGCAAUGUCAGGUGCCUCUAUAUGUUGCAACAAAAAUGAUAUCAACGAGAAGAUCGUCGUUCUUCAUCCC